AUGAAGAUAGGGCUGUCACUGGCCACUGCGGCCAUCCUCGCAGCCUUGUUAUCCUCCAUAGAUGCUCAAGUGGAACCUCCCUCAGACUUGAAAUUUAAAAUUCUAAAUGAAAACACAGUGGAUAUGUCAUGGGUGAGACCCUCGUCAAGGAUACAGGGCUUCAGAAUACAAGUUGUGUCUGAUGCAGAUGAACCAUCAAGAGACUUUACCCUCGAUGCCUAUGCCACUAAAACCUCAAUCACUGACCUGACCCCUGAUCUGGACUACUCUGUGUCCAUUAUCUCAUUUUAUGGGUCAGAAGAGAGUAUUCCCAUCUUUGGGCAACUGACCAUCCAGUCCAGUAACACCAGCACACGAGUCAGGAAGCCACAGUCAGAUGCCCUCAAGUGCUCGGUCAGUGCAAUAGCAGAUUUGGUUUUUCUGGUGGACGGCUCAUGGAGCGUUGGCAGGGAAAACUUUAAGCACAUCCGCAGCUUCAUCGGCGCCCUGGCUGGGGCUUUCGACAUUGGCGAGGACAAGACACGGGUGGGUGUGGUCCAGUACAGCACAGACACCCGCACAGAGUUCCCCCUCACCCGUUACACCAGGAGAGGUGACCUUCUGCAAGCCAUCAGCUCCCUGCCCUACAAGGGAGGAAAUACAAUGACAGGGGAUGCCAUAGAUUACCUGCUGAGGAACAUCUUCACGGAGGCAGCUGGAUCAAGAAAAGCUUUUCCAAAGGUAGCCAUGAUCAUCACCGAUGGAAAAUCCCAGGACUCAGUGGAGGAGCAUGCUAAAAGACUUAGGAACAUCGGAGUGGAAAUAUUUGUCCUAGGUAUCAAAGGAGCAGAUGAGGAUGAGCUCAGGGAAAUGGCCUCCACACCUCACAACAAACAUGUGUACAAUGUUCCCAACUUUGACCUGAUCCAAGAGGUGCAGAAAAAGAUCAUCAAAGAGGUGUGCUCCGGCGUCGACGACCAGCUCAGUUCAGCUCUCAGCGGAGAAGAAAUGGUGGAGCCAGCCGCGAAUCUUCAAGUCACAGAAAUUGCGUCUAAGUCAAUGAGAGUGACGUGGGAUCCCUCCCUGGGUGAAGUCACAGGCUACAAGCUCACACUCAGCCCCAUGUUACCUGGAUUGAAACGCCAGGAACUGUACAUAGGAUCAACUCAGACAUCCAUCAACGUCCGUGACCUUUCUGCAGACACUGAGUAUGAGAUCAACUUGUACGCCCUAAAAGGUCUGACUCCCAGUGAACCCAUCAUGGCGAUGGAAAAGACCCAACCUGUCAAGGUGUCAACAGAGUGCUCCCUGGGAGUAGAUGUGCAGGCCGAUGUGGUCCUUCUUGUUGAUGGUUCAUACAGUAUUGGAUUACAAAACUUUGCCAAAGUUCGUGCCUUCUUGGAGGUUCUGGUCAACUCCUUUGACAUUGGCCCCAACAAGGUCCAGCUUAGCUUGGUCCAGUACAGUCGCGAUCCACACACUGAGUUCGCCCUCAACACCCACCAUCACAUAAGCACAGUUGUGAAAGCUGUGCGUGCCUUCCCCUACCGCGGAGGCUCCACUAACACCGGCAAGGCCAUGACCUACGUCAGGGAGAAGAUCUUUAUCCCUGCGCGUGGUGCAAGGCAAAAUGUUCCCCGUGUCAUGGUCCUGAUCACAGACGGAAAGUCAUCAGACUCUUUUAAGGAUGCGGCCACCAACCUGAGGAAUAUCGAUGUGGAGAUCUUUGCCGUCGGUGUGAAGGAUGCAGUGAGGUCUGAGUUGGAGGCCAUUGCUAAUCCCCCAUCAGAAUCUCACGUCUUUGAGGUGGAGGACUUUGAUGCCUUCCAGAGGAUUUCCAAGGAGCUGACUCAGUCCAUCUGUCUGAGGAUUGAACAGGAGCUACUCAACAUCAAAAAGAGAAGUUUGCUUCCACCCAGAGAUUUGGGUUUCUCUGAAAUCACCUCCAGAAGCUUCCGUACCACUUGGACAGCCCCUACUACCAAUGUCUUGUCUUACUUGGUCCGUUUCCGUAAGGCUGAGGAUGUCACAGGAGACUACAUUUCCAUGGCAGUGCCUGGUGACACCACCACGGCCGUUCUUCCCCACCUUUAUCCUGUCACUGCCUACGAAGUCAACGUCUUCGCCCAGUAUGAAAAAGGAGACAGUUUUCCUUUGACUGGCGAAGAGACCACUCUUCCAGAGCAAGGGACAGUACGAAAUCUACGAGUUUCAGAAGAGACAACAAACAGUUUUAGGGUGUCUUGGAUAAGUGCGCCGGGAUCAGUGAUCAGGUACCACCUCACCUACGUUCCACUGAGUGGUGGUGGGGAGGCUCUGCAGGCGCAGACCAUUGGACCAGAGACAACCAUAGUCCUCCAGGAGCUUUUCCCCAUCACCACCUACCGUGUGUCCGUGGCUGCUGAGUAUGCUGCUGGUGUAGGGGACGAGAUGCAAGUGGAUGGUACCACUAAGGAAGUCCGUGGCUCUCCUCGUGACCUCCGUGUUUUUAAUGAGACCAUAUCUACAAUGAGGCUGGCUUGGCAGGCUGCUCCAGGAAAUGUCCUUCAGUACCGCAUCGCCUUCAAACCUGCUGAUGGGGGCGAGAGGAAAGAGAUAUCUGUCAAAGGAGAUACUACCCAGGCUAUGCUGAAGAACCUCCAACCGGCCACUGAAUAUGAGCUGUUCGUCAGCGCUCGCUACUCUUCUGGUUUGGGCGAUCCUCUUCUUGGCACUGGAACAACCUUAGAAGAGCUCGGUUCACCCAGAGACUUGGUGACCAAAGACGUCACAGACACCAGUUUUGCCGUGUCUUGGGUAGCGGCUCCCGGCAACGUUCGUCAUUACCGGAUCAGGUGGAAGUCUCUGUUCACCGAGGAGGCCGGGGAGAAGACAAUAGCAGGAGACACCACCGCCACAGUUCUGGACGGCCUCACCCCGGAGACACGCUAUCAGGUGUCUGUGUUUGCUGGCUAUGGCCACGGAGAGGGCCAGCCUCUGGUCGGAGAGGAAACCACGGAUGUCUCCGCCGCAGGCAGAGCGAUUGUAGUUUCUGAGGAGACGGAGAAGACCAUGAAGGUGGCGUGGCAGGCGGCACCUGGAAAUGUGCUCAACUACCGUGUUACCUACAAACCUCAAGUUGGAGGGCGCCAGGUUGCAGCUAAGGUGCCUGGUGGCACUACCACCACUGUGCUGCGACGCCUUACUCCCCUCACCACAUACGACAUCACUGUUCUGCCCGUCUACCGUUCCGGAGAGGGCAGAGCGAGGCAAGGAGAGGGAACAACACUGUCACCAUUCAAAGGUCCUAGGAACCUCCAAACAUCUGAGCCUUCCAAGACCAGCUUCCGUGUCACUUGGGAUCAUGCUCCCGGCGACGUUAAGGGCUACAAGGUCACUUUCCACCCUUCAGGGGAGGAUAUCGACCUGGGAGAACUCCAAGUCGGCCCCUACGACAAUACUGUGGUGCUGGAGGAGCUGAGAGCUGGUACCAAAUACACAGUGAAUGUGUUUGGUAUGUUUGAUGGAGGAGAGAGUAUGCCGUUGGCUGGAGAGGAGAAAACCACUCUUAGUGACGAACCCGACCCUCCACCUUAUGUGCCAACAGAUGUGACGUGCAAGACCACUGCACAGGCCGAUAUUGUGCUGCUGGUGGAUGGUUCAUGGAGUAUUGGACGCCUCAACUUCAAGACUAUUCGUGCCUUCAUCUCCCGUAUGGUGGGAGUCUUUGAUAUCGGCCCAGAGAGGGUCCAAAUUGGUCUUGCACAGUACAGUGGAGACCCCAAGACUGAAUGGCACUUGAAUGCUCACAGUACUCGGGACUCCCUCCUGGAUGCUGUGGCUAACCUGCCCUACAAAGGCGGAAACACCUUAACUGGUCUGGCUUUGAACUACAUCCUCCAGAACAAUUUCAAAGAGAACGUCGGGAUGCGACCCAACGCUCGAAGGAUCGGCGUGUUGAUCACUGACGGCAAAUCCCAGGACGACGUCAUCGUCAACUCUCAGAACUUGCGUGAUGAAGCCAUUGAGCUUUAUGCCGUCGGUGUGAAGAAUGCUGAUGAGAACGAGUUGAGGUCCAUUGCCACUGAUCCAGAUGAAAUUCACAUGUACAACGUAGCUGACUUCUCCUUCCUGUUGGACAUUGUGGACAAUCUUACAGAGAACCUCUGUAACAGUGUCAAGGGACCAGGAGCACCAGGUUCUCCUACUGAUCUUGUGACAUCCGAAGUGACGCACCAGUCCUUCAGAGCCUCCUGGACCGCUCCUGAUGGCCCAGUGGAGAGGUACCGAGUGGAGUACAUGACUGCGUCAGGACAGCCACUGCAGCUGCUCGUGGACGGCACUGAGACCACGGUGGUCCUCCAGCAACUCAACCCUCUGACCCAGUACCUGGUCAACGUCUAUGCCCUGGUCGGAGAAGAGAGCAGCGAGCCUCUUAAAGGAACUGAGACAACAUUGCCCCUGAGUGCCGUGAGGAGGAUGGACAUUUACGAUGAACAGAUCACUACCAUGCGGGUGAGGUGGGAGCAGGCAGCCGGCGCCACGGGCUACAUGCUACUCUACAGCGCCAUCAACGCCACAGAGCCCACCGUUGAGCAGGAGAUCAGAGUGGGAGGAGACACAACUGACGUCCAGCUGGAGAGGUUGCUCCCCAACACGGCCUACACGCUGUCCCUCUUUGCCCUGCACGGAGAAUCAGCCAGCGAACCACUGACCAAGCAGGGAGUCACACUGCCCCUACCACCUGCAGGCGAACUCAGGGUUCGUGAUGUCACCCACAGCACCAUGUGGCUUUACUGGGAUGCUGCUCCUGGUCUUGUUCGCAAGUACCUCAUCUCCUACAAGCCUGAGGAUGGAGAAGCUAAAGAGCUGGAAGUUGGAGGAGAUGUGACCACCAAACAACUGGACAACCUGAUGUCACAGACCGAGUAUGCUUUGGCUGUUACUCCGAUCUAUGACGAGACCACUGGACAGCCAAUGCUGGGAGACGCAAUCACAGAUGUGGUUCCUGCUCCAAAGAACCUACGAUUCUCAGAGGUUACCCAGACAAGCUUCAGGGCCACCUGGGACCACGGAGCCCCCGAUGUUGCUCUGUAUCGCAUUGGCUGGACAAAGAAGGGAGAGAACAACUUCCAAUAUUCCAUUCUGAACAACGAUGAGACUACCCACGUCCUGGAGAACCUGGAGCCAGACACGCCCUAUGACGUGACGGUCACUGCCAUCUACCCAGAUGAAUCAGAGAGCGAGGAUCUGAUGGGCACUGAGAGAACAUUGUCCAGACAAAGUGGUAGCGCAGCCCCCAAUGCACCUCCCACCAACCUUGUUGUGUUCAACGAAACCACCACCAGUAUGAACACCAGGUGGAAUCCAGCUCCAGGUCGCGUCCAGAACUACAGGAUCACGUAUGUCCCCACAGCUGGAGGCAGGACCCAGACAACCCAGGUUGGAGGGAAGAAGACCACUGUCCUGCUUCCCAAGCUGACCCCUGACACCGAAUAUGCCAUCACUGUGGUGGCUGUCUAUGCCCGAGGAGUCAGCGAAGAGCUUAACGGUGUCGGAAAGACCAAACCUUUGGGUGGCGUUAGGAACCUGCAGGUCACUGACCCCACCACCAGCACCCUGAAUGUCCAGUGGGAGGCUGCUGAGGGCAACGUUCGUCAGUAUCGGGUCUUCUAUGUUCCUGCAGCUGGGGGAGAGGAGGAGAUGGUGCAGGUAUCAGGCAGCACUUACAGCACUGUGCUGAAGAACCUACAGUCCGAUACUGUCUACACCGCAUCUGUGGUUCCUGUCUACUCCGCUGGCGAGGGACAGCGCAUGUCGGAAAACGGCAAAACAUUGGAGCGCAGCCCCGUCAGGAACAUCCAGGUCUUCAACCCCACCACCAACACUCUGAACGUUCGCUGGGAGGCUGCCACGGGCCCGGUCCAGCAGUACCGGGUGGUCUACGCACCUCUGACUGGCGCCAGACCCUCUGAGUCGGUUUUGGUACCAGGAACCACCACCACAGCCUUGCUACUGGAGCUGAUCCCAGACACAGACUACAAUGUCGGGGUGGUUGCCCUGUACAGCGAUGGCGAAGGACCCACCAUCAGUGACAGUGGAAAGACAAGGCCCCGCAGUGGCCCAAGGAACAUGCGUGUGUUCGACCCUACCACCACAACUCUCUCUGUGAGCUGGGAACAUGCCGACGGCCCUGUCACCCAAUACCGCAUCACCUAUGCACAGAUCACAGGAGACCCCAUUGACGAAUUUACCACGGUGCCAGGAAACAGAAACAACGUGGUCCUGCAGAACCUGGACCCAGACACACCUUACAACAUCAAAGUGACCGCGAUCUAUUCUGAUGGACCAGGAGGAGAGCUGGAAGGAGAUGGACGCACAGUCGGCAUGCUCGGCCCCAGGAACCUCCGCGUUUCUGAUGAGUGGUACACCCGCUUCAGGGUGGCCUGGGAUCCCGCCCCAUCCAGGGUCAGCGGAUACAAGCUUAUCUACCAGCCUGAGGGCUCUGAUAACUCCAUGGAGGUGUUUGUUGGAGACGUGACCUCCCAUCAACUGAACAACCUGAAGCCUGGAACCACCUACGACCUGAAAGUGCUGGCACAGUACAGCACAGGCCUCAGUGGACCUUUGAUUGGUCAAGGCACCACAUUGUACCUGAACGUGACAGACCUGACCACCUACAACGUUGGCUACGACAAUUUCUGCAUCCGCUGGGCCCCUCACAGAGCAGCGACCUCCUACAGACUCAAAGUCAAUCCUUUUGACGCCUCCAAGAGAGGAGCUCAGGAAAUCACUGUUAGGGGCUCCGAGAGCAGCUACUGCUUCGACGGCUUGUCCCCCGACACCCUCUACAAUGCCACUGUGUACACCCAAACCCCCAACAUGGAAGGACCUGGAGUGAGCGUCAAGGAGAGGACAUUGGUCAAACCCACAGAGGUGCCAACCGAGCCUCCCACUCCCCCUGCUCCAGUUACAGUCCCCCCUGCGCUCGACGUGUGCAAAGGUGCCAAGGCAGACCUGGUCUUCCUCAUCGACGGCUCCUGGAGUAUUGGAGACGAAAGCUUCAACAAGGUCAUCCAGUUUGUCAUGAGCAUGACCGGAGCGUUUGACGUCAUCAGCCCUACUGGAAUGCAGGUCUCAUUUGCGCAGUUCAGCGAUGAUGCCAAGACAGAGUUCAAACUGAAUACUUACCACGACAAGGGCGUUGCGCUGUCAGCUCUGCAGAAUGUCCGCUACCGAGGAGGAAACACCAAGACAGGCAUUGCUCUGAAGCACGUUUAUGAGAAGGUGUUCACAUCGGACAGUGGCAUGAGGAGGAACGUCCCCAAGGUGCUGGUGGUGGUCACAGAUGGACGCUCCCAGGAUGAUGUCAAGAAGAGCGCAGAGAAACUGCAGCAUGCAGGCUACAGUGUGUUUGUGGUCGGAGUGGCUGAUGUCGACAUGACAGAGUUGAGACUUAUCGGCAGCAAGCCCAGCGAGAGACAUGUGUUCGUGGUGGACGACUACGACGCCUUUGCCAAGAUCCAGGACAACCUGAUCACUUUCAUCUGUGAAACGGCCACUUCUACUUGCCCUCUGAUCUACAUCAAUGGAUUCACCACACCUGGCUUCAGGAUGCUGGAGGCUUUCAACAUCACAGACCGGUCGUUCGCCGGCAUUAAAGGCCUGUCCAUGGAGCCGGGUUCCUUCAACAGCUACAUUGCCUACAGAAUACACAAGGAUUCCUUCUUGAACCAGCCCACCAAGGAGAUCCAUCCGGAGGGUCUUCCCCCAUCGUACACCAUCAUCCUGCUCUUCCGCCUGCUGCCCGACACAGGCUCCGAGCCUUUUGAUAUCUGGCAGAUUGCAGACAAAAACAACAACCCUGAGGUCGGGGUCACCGUCAACCCUUCCAGCAAAACAAUCACGUUUUACAACAAGGACACCCGAGGAGAGAUCCAGAAAGCCACGUUUAAUGAAGAGCAAGUGAAGCAGGUUUUCCAUGGGAGCUUCCACAAGCUCCACAUCAGCGUCUCUCCUGAGAAAGUCAAGCUCAACUUGGACUGCCAGGAAGUGGCAGAGAAGCCGAUCAAGGAGGCCAACAACAUCACACUCGACGGCUAUGAAGUGCUUGGCAAGUUGGUCAAGUCUGGAGGCGGGAAGAGGCAGUCUGCAACAUUCCAGCUCCAGAUGUUCGAUAUUAUCUGCAGCUUGAGCUGGAUCAGCCGAGACAAAUGCUGCGACCUGCCCGCCACAAGAGAUGAGGCCAAGUGCCCAUCCCUACCCCACUCGUGCACAUGCACACAGGACAGUAUCGGCCCUCAGGGACCCCCUGGACCUUCGGGUAGCCCGGGUUCUAAGGGACCACGAGGAGACAGAGGAGAACGCGGCAAUGUUGGUGCAAUGGGUCCACGCGGUGAAGCAGGACCCCCAGGAUCAAUGGGACCACCGGGUCCACAAGGCCCUAACGGACUGUCUCUACCUGGAGAACCUGGUCGCCAGGGACCAAAGGGAGAUGCUGGAGACCCGGGCCUGGCUGGUCUGCAAGGUCCUCCUGGGCAACGUGGUCCUCUUGGCCCUGUCGGACCGAGCGGAGUGCGGGGGCCACCAGGAAAGGAGGGACCAUCUGGACCCAGAGGCCCAUCAGGACCCAUGGGAAGCCCUGGAAAUCCAGGUGUACCAGGAAUCACUGGGAAAAAUGGGAAACAAGGAGAUACAGGAAAUCCAGGACCUGUUGGCCUUAAAGGAGAGAAGGGAGAGAGGGGUGACUUUGCAUCCCAGAGCAUGAUGCGCUCCAUUGCCAGACAAGUUUGUGAACAGCUUGUGAACAGUCAAAUGAGCAGAAUCGACAUGAUGCUCAACCAGAUUCCUUCUGGAUAUCGUAGCAACAGUCCAGGGCCAGCCGGUCCUCCUGGACCCCCUGGCAACCAGGGAUCUCGCGGAGAGCCUGGGCAGCCGGGCCGAACUGGUUUCCCUGGAGGCCCAGGUGUACCUGGAAAUCAAGGAGAGAGAGGUUUGCCAGGAGAGAAGGGAGAGAGAGGAUCUACAGGAACUGGUAUCAGAGGACAAAGAGGACCAAGUGGUCCACCAGGGCCACCAGGCGAAUCAAGAACGGGACCCCCAGGUACAUCUGGCUCUGUUGGGCCUCGUGGCCCUACAGGUCGCCAGGGCAAUGCCGGGGUGAGGGGACCACCAGGACCCGCUGGAUACUGCGACUCUUCUCAGUGUGUUGGCAUUCCUUACAAUGGACAAGGAUACACAGGUUUGGCAUAGUAAACGUUCUGUCAGCUGUGCCGCUUACACUUUGAAGCCAAGUUUCUGAGAUGUUUGCCCACUUGCUAUGGGGCAUGUAAGGAUAAUCACCAUGGACAUAAUUAUUGAACAUUAAGAAAAAAACAUUACAAAAGCCCAAAAAAUACGCAGAAAGGAGCAGCACUAACAUCAUCUCACAGCUACAAGCUACAGCGAUGGCAACCUGCUGGCCUGUUUGCAUCUUGAACCACAAACCCUUGGGAAGUAAAAAAAAAAAACAGACUGAGCAUUUCUACGAAGGAAGGAGCAUGUACAAAACACCAUCCAAAACAACUACUAACAAAAAGGAUUUCUUGCUGAAAGCAAUUUUGAUGUAGCGGUGAUAUGUGUAAAUAAACCUAAAGUUUGUUUUGUUUGCCUUGUAAAUGAUUGUGGGAACCAGGACAUUUCACUAAAAAUCAAGUUAACAUCUAUUUUGAGCUUGUGCCUCAUAACCCUCUGCUUACUUACUACCAGCAUAACCUUUGUUUAUGGCGCAUUAGGUGACUUAAGCAGCUCUGGUACAGACUUAAGCAUGUUCCAUUUGUACUUUUAAUCAUCAUGCUUUUUGGUCAGUCCUACAUGUCACUCCCCUGCCAUUUCCAUGUGUCGUUUGUAGUUUCAGCUGCUUAUUUUUACUUAUCUUAUUAUCCAAAAGCUUGAUGGAUUUUAUUGUAAAUGUGUAAACUGUUUUUUUUUUUAAUAUUUAGCUUUUUUUGGUACUUUUAGAAGCAAUAGUUUGACACGCAAGGCAUUUUCUGAAAGUCUAUUGUGCAAUAUAACUUAAAUUUUGCAUGUAAAAAGUUGUAAGAGAGAAAAAAACCUUUUAUUUGAUUGGCCGUCCCGAUAACUUUUCUAGCCAACCGCUACCCACCCGAAGCUGAGGUAGCGUCUAUACCUGUGGAGCCGGCUGGAGAGUUUGAGACAAUACAAUCACCCGGUUACUCACGGAACCAACGCGGAAAAAGAUCACUAACAAGAGACAAUACAGACACAUCAUAGCUUCAAGAAAGAAUUCUCAGAAAGCGUAAGAUUGAAAUGACUUCCACGAUCACUUAAUGUGAGGAUCAUGAGAUAUUAUGAGAUCAAAACUAGUACUUAUAUGGGUUUGAUACCCCUGGUUAUAUUGAACAUAUAUAUUUUUUUGACAUGAGAAAGUUUAGCAAGAUGACUACAAACCUACGUGUUCAUUCAUUACAAACCUGUGUGCUUGCUAAGUGCUACCCUUUUAAGUGUCUGCUUGUAAAGUAACUGUAAGUGUUUAUCAGAGUCCAUUGUGUAAAGCACUAAUCAUGUGAAAACCAGUGGAAAGUGUGGCGAAGGAAGAAUACCCAUGUUUUUUUCGUCUAAUUUCAAUGUGUAAAGCUGUUUCAGAGACGCCAACAAUUAAUUCGGAAUAUUAAUUUGAUCCCCAAAGAUUUGUUCAUUGUGAUGUUUUAUAUGACUUGUAAACCAAAUGAUAAUCUGAUUUAUUGUAACAAACCAAACUUUUUUUCUGUUACCAAAGGUGGAAUUGCAUGUUUGUGUUGUAUAUUUACUGAGGAUUUCUAAGUCAGAAUAUAGUUGUUGUUUUCUAUCAAUGCAGUUUGGAUUUGGUUGCAAGACUAUUGACAUAGAAUUUGCCUUUCUCAUGUUUUAACUGCACAUUUUGUGAAUUCCACACAGCCUUAUUUUCUUAUUUAUUUCUGAAACAGAAGAGGCAUUUUUCAAUAAAACUACUGAAAAUGUA